CGGCGGCGGCGGCGGCGGCGGCACAGGCACAGGGUUCCCUUAUCGGUGUGUGUGCGUGCAUGCGUUCGGGGUAUUCGAGAUCGGACCAAUCGGCGGCCCGUCUCCGCGGCAUCAUCUUGGCUGUUGGCGGCGGCCAAUUAAAACCGGGCGCCCGCCGCGUCGGUCGCCGCAUCUGGCCUGCAGAGGUCGUCGCGGGGCAACCCGCCACCCGCCGUGUCUGUCGUGCAGAGCGCGCGCCGUCUGGCCGAGUGAGCGAUAUAGCAGCGCAGCCAUCUUAUAUUUUGCCUUGGAGAAAAACAGAGUCAACAGAGGCGCGCAGCAUUUGGGCGAAAUGUCUCCUAGGCUUGGAGCCUGAGACCCGGUCAUCCGCAGCCCGAGGCAUCGACAGCCCCGUGCGCUCCAUAUGAGGCACCUUUUUCACCACGAGCCCGGACCACUACAUUAGCAAAGGUCCGCCGCCGUAUUCGCGCCGUCGCUGCCAAGAGCUCUCGCCGCGCGAGCUGCCCAUCCUGGCUCGCUCCUUCGCCGCCGUCCUCGUCGCCGCCGCUGCCGCCGCCACCACCACCGCCGCAGCAGCAGUCGCGGCCGCCGUGCUCGCGGUGCUUCGCAUGCUCGUCGAGGCGAGCCGCCUCAGGUCCGAUGCCCCACCAGGAGGCGGCAGAGCCGCGUGCUGACGCCGACGCCGAUUUUUCUGCGCUGCCGCGGAAAAGUUAUGCAAUCAGCUGAUCGGCCAGCUUGACUCUGUCACUUGUCAAAAAUAAAUGUUGCUAGAGGUGGAUUGGUACGCAGGAUAUGAGCAGUUUGUCAAGCGCAACCUGACUCUGCUCCCCAACCAGCAAGCAGCACAGUCGCUGCAUCAUCAGCAGCAGCUUCACCAGCCGCUGCAGCCUCAUCCCCAGCAGACGGACAUUAUGACAUCUAUGUUUGAGCAGCAAAUCAAGAGUGAGCCUAUGGGAUUUUACUCCGUGGCAUCCAGCAGAUCCGACGGUUCCAAUUCCAUGGUCAAUUUGUCAGACGAUAGAGAAGAAUUGUCCCAGCAGGAAGGUCACCUUCAAGCACAGCAGUCAAUGCAAGCUCAUCAGCAAGCCCAGCACCAGCAGCAGGUGCAGCAGCAACAGCACCAGCAGGUCCAAGAGGUGCAUAGUCCUAUUAUGCAUGAGGAGUCACCUGCUCGACAGUCCACUGGCCAGCAGACAGUCAAGGAGGGUAGUCGCUCGAAGCCCCAGCCCUGCAAAGUAUGUGGCAAAGUGCUCAGCUCUGCCUCCUCCUACUACGUCCACAUGAAGCUCCACUCGGGCAACAAGCCCUACCACUGCACUGUGUGCGAGGCGAGCUUCUGUCGUAAGCCCUACCUGGAGGUGCACAUGCGGACGCACACGGGCGAGCGGCCCUUCCAGUGCGAGCUCUGUCUCAAGCGGUUCACCCAGAAGAGCAGCCUCAAUACUCACAAGCGCGUGCACACGGGUGAGCGGCCCUACUCCUGCGACAUCUGCCAGAAGCGCUUCGCAGUCAAGAGCUACGUGACGGCGCACCGCUGGUCGCACGUGGCCGAGAAGCCACUGGUCUGCGAGCGCUGCUCCCUGACCUUCACCUCCAAGAGUCAAUUCGCCAUCCACAUCCGCACCCACACCGCCAGCACGACCUACGAGUGCAACAUCUGCGGACGCACCUUUGUGCGCGACAGCUACCUGAUUCGGCACCAGAACCGUGUGCACCGCGACUUGUCGCAGAACAACGCAAACCACGACCCCGGCACGCCCCAGAGCUCGGGGGCUGGCACUCCCGGCACCGGCUUCGAGAGCCCGGUUUGUGAUCUGCGCUACAGCGAGGGACCCUCCUCGCUCGACGGCCUCGGCCAGCCGACCGGCAAAUCCGGCGCCGGUAUCGCCGCCGAGAUCGCCAGCCUCGCCAAGCAGAACAGCCUGCAGCUGCCGCUGCCUCUGCUCCACCCGCAGACCACCAACUAGUGCUCGCCCCGGCAGCAGCAGCACGAGCAGCGCCAGCAGCAGCAGCAGCAGCAGCAGCAACAGCAGCAGCAGCAGCAGCAGAGUGUCUACCAAACAACGGAAUCCUCCUCGGAUAGCCCGGGCUCCAGGCCCCAGCAGCUCUACCCGCAUCUCGGAUCGCCUGCCGCCUCCGAUCUGCAUCAUCAUCAGCACCAGCUCCACCAGCUCCAUCCGCCGCCACCACCGCCGCCGCCAGGAUUGCACCCCGCGCUCUACCUCUACGCCCAGUACACCUCCGGCAACCCAGCGAUAUCCUACUCCGAGUAUGUACAACGCAAUAACACGUGAGAUAGUGCGGAUUCGAGAACGAAAAACAAAAGAGAUCGUAGAGCCGAUCGUACACCGAUUUUACGCUCGAUGGAAUUUUUAACGUUAAUACGCAUUACUUAGACCCGCUUGACAAACCUGUUUGAAAGCUCUGAUUGGCCUUUUAGCUGAACCUUGUAAAGGUUGUAAAUUUAUUGUCAUAUCUGUAAGAGCGCGAAUGGUUAGUCAGCCGCUGACGGACGUCAUUGAUGUGUAUACUAUUAACUUACAUUCUUUUUAACAGCUUUUUUCAUCUAUUUCUUCCCUACUGGUUUUUAAACAGUUCUAGCGACGAUUUUUGUUAAAACGAAGUAUGUUGUAUACGACGGCAAUGAUGAAAACUACUUGAAACAGGUUUUCAGGCCCUUCGAAAUAAUCAAAGUCGAUUCGACCGACGCACUCAGCGUGGAUUGUCCAUGAGUUCAUGUUUGUUUCUUUGUAAGUUUCUUCGUGUAAUUUUGUUGAGCGACGUUGUUUCAGACGUUUAUAUAAAAAGAAAGUUAGUGAUAAAUAUUUAUAUAUUGUAACGUUGAAGUUUCGUUUGUUUUCUAAAGUAUUUGAUUUGAAUCUGAAUUUCGUCGAGAAGCCAAGACUUAGAAGUUAGUGUUAAGGAAUAUUUAGCAAAGAAAUAAAAGGCGAGAAAAAAUCGUGUAGAAAUGUAACUCCACGCAGAGUCCAGUGUCGAAGUCUUUUAUCCCGAAUAGACAGAAAAAUUUAAAGAAACUAGCAGUACUCGAGUCGGCCACGCUCGAUCAAGUCUUUGCACCUGUCGAUUGUCACAGCAGCAUCUCUUUUCGUUCGUUACGGUCUUCUUUCAGAGCGCGACUAUACAUACAUAUAUUGCAUCACACAUAUUUAUAUUAUAUUUUUAAAGGAGUUUUAGUCACUUGGAUCUGUGAUAUAGAUAGUAAUUAUCGUCUGUAAGAGUUUGAAUAUUGGUUUAACUAUUUCGAUAUGAUAAUCGAGAGCAAAAGAAAAAAAGUUAAUAAACUGCAAGAAGUAGGAAAGCAAGCAAGCGAGGAAGUAAAAUGAAAGCAAUGCCACGGAAAGCGAUGUUGUCAAAAGUAUAGAGAAAGGGAAAAAACUUUGAAAAGCGACGAAAUGUGAAACGCGAAACUACUUUUAUCGAGAAAUACCGAAUGAGCAUACUGUUGCCAUCGAAGUAAAUGGUCAUCGGUAGAAGCGUCGCGAACGAUCAUCCGUGAGCAUCUGCACAUCUGUCUGAGAAAGUAAAAUGGAAAAAUUGUAGCUCAUCAUCGAGUCGAAGUUCGAGACAAGUUGCAUCGAGUGCGGAUUUAGCGCUCAGUUCGUCCGUCUGUGUAAGCUGCGCCGAUCGAAAGAGAAUCCGCCGCGGCCAAUAAUCGAACGCGGAGUUGUUUUAUCGGGCGAUUCAUUAGCUAGGCAUAAUCGGAUUUAUCAUUUCGCGUGCACACGAGCGGUGACUCGAGAAUUUCUUUUUUCGUUGCAAACGGCCUCGAGAACUCGGCGCGUUUUAUUAUCUCGAGAGCCCCCGCGCGCGAGCCCGGGACAAGAGUGAAAGUCCUGCAAUUUCUGCAACUAAUCGACGACUCGAGCAGACCCAACUACUCCCACUCCUUAUUAUUGCUACGAUCACUAGAUCUGCUAUCGCUGAAUAUGAAAAUACUAACGCCACUACGACUAAUAAUACAUAUACAUAUAUAUAGAGAAAGAGUGAGAAAAAACGAGAGACGUUAUCGAACGCGCGCGAGAGCGGGAGAAACAAAUAUUCAGCUCGCGCGUGCGAGCACGUGCAGCCGGGGUAUUUGCGUAGACUCGCGAUGAUUUUUCGAGUUUGUUUAGAGAGAGAGAGAGAGAGAGAGAGAGAGAGAGAGAGAGAGAAACGUCGAAAAUGUAUGAGAAAGAGAAUAAGACACUGUGGUUCAUGCGUACAAUAAGCUCAUAGUUUCUCUUUGGCUUAUACAGAAGUUACUCAUAUUUUAAAAGACGAAACGAGUUAUUUUUCUUCUUUAUUUUUUUAUUUUUUAUUUAUUACUUCUAGUUAUCGCUCAUCUCUUCAGUCCACGAUAUAUAUCCCAUUUUUAUUCGUGCCUCAUCUCCUCAUAAACUUUUUUUUUUGCUGCAUAGAGCGCUGUGAAUCAUUAAUUAUGAUACAUUUAGUUGGUACACUGAGUUCGCUUCUUUCUCUCUUCGAGGCUUUAGAACAGAGAGAACAAGCAUGCUUUUUUUCCUUUUUUUUCCUUGCAACUAUUUGAAAUCAUAGUUAAAGAUGGUCUUUCCUUUUAGUUCCACGUGCGUAGACGUACUUACUUUCUACAUAAACGGCGAUGCUUAUACCGAAACAAGAGUAUAUAGAGGAUAUUCGACGUGGAAGUUUAUUCUAACGCGUAGACGACGAAGUAACAAACAAACAAACAAACAAAAAAAACAAGUAAAACACGAAAAAUAGUAAAAAAAAGAUAUACGUUGCGAGUGGCGAGGGCCGCUCGCAGUCGCAGGGCUGUUAUAUUGAGCGUUAAUUAUUAGUUUAAUCGUUUUUGCAUACUAACGCAAGGCUUACCCACAUUUACACGUACACACAAGUACAGAGCCGAAGUGAAACGCUGAUAUAUUUUUAUAUCUACACAAGAUCACAAAAAAAUUUGUUAUUAUUUGUUAUAUUAGGAGAGAGUGGCGGAAUUGCGGGCACCGAUUGGUUCUCCUCGCGAUUAUUAUGUGCACGUUGGCCGCGAGAGACAAAGCGUCGCUUCCUCCUACACGCAUGUCUUCAUUGUAAUUCGCUUAUGUAGACUCGCGCUCUUUCUCUCUUUCUCUUUCUCUCUCUCUCUCUCUCUCUCUCAGAAGACACACACGCGCGCGCAAACACAUACUGAUACAGUUGGCAACUUUUUGGAGUAAUCUUCCACUACCUACUUCAAAAGAGUGCUUUCCUCGAUCGAUCGAAUAUUGUAAUUAUACCGAAACCGACGAUCCUUAUCGCGCGCACCAAUCAAAUCAACAAUUAUACGAAUGACAACUGACGAGCACUGCCGGAUUACGAUACACGAUACUGAUCGACUCGUGUGUAAUCUUCAAACGACUACGAACGUACGUUAUCGGACGCAGUGUCCCUAAAAUUCACUCCUCUCCGUGCGAUCGCCUCCGCGGAGUCCAAGCACAAAGUCGACUCUCUGCGCGUUGAGUGUGCGACUCUGUAUUAAUAUAAAAAUGUAAAUAGAAAAAUGUAGAUGCCUCUUCGAUUAGGGAGAAGAGUCAACGCGUAUAAAAGUGACGGAGAAGGAUAAAGGGAAAAAGUAUAAAUGUACGGGGGGCGAAACGAUUUCUUCUCGCAAUCCAAUACGGCGUCGCACUCGGGGGAAUGAACGUGCGAAUAAUUGUACUCAGCUCGGAGUGAGGGAGAGGGAGAGAAAAAAAGAAAAAAAGAAAAAGAAAUUCAUCGUCCAAUCUCGCGCGAGAACUUGGUAUAUCGCGCAUAACGAAAGGCGCAGAGUCACGGCGGCGCAACAAAUGUAAAGCCACACUCCUCCCGACUGCUACUCAUUAUGCAACACCUGCUGCUAUUACAAUAAAUAUCGAUAACAUUGCAGUUUCCUCGAGGCGGCGGUUAUAGCGGAGACGCAACGAGAAACUACAAAUCUAGACGCGUGCGCGCAGCGACGGGCUCAUGUAUCACCGGCGCCUCUUUCCGCACUUCUCGCGCUCGUUCGUUCUGCCUCCUGUUUCGAAUAAAACGCGUACUGUUCCAUUGCACGUCGUUCGAUUAGAGAAAAAAUGUAAUAGGCGUUACGCCUUGGUACUUAGUGCCUUAAACUCUUCAGCAGCACCUCGCUCUUCAUCCAUCUGUCUCUCUGUCUCGCAAAGCUAUACCACUAUUCUUGUAAAUCUCACAACUUUUAAUUGCGGACACUCUUUGUCGAACGAUACAAUAUUGAGUUUGAUAUUUCAUCGAAAUUUUCAUCGCGUCGGUGUAAUCCGUUCUGCGUUUUCAUCUUGUAACCGCAUAGCAAGAUUCGGAUAGAUUUUUAAAAGAAAGCAAGAGGAGGAGGAGGAGAACGAGAGGAGCAAAAAGUAGGUACGGCGUGCGCUGCGCUCUAGCCCCAAGCUGCGCGACUUCUCGACGGUAAAUUUCUCGGUCCCGAUCCACGCUCGCUAUGCUGCAGAGCCACACGGAAUUUCUCCGCGUCUCUCCAUAAACAUCUGCGAUUGAAUUCAGCCGGCGGUCUAAAAAUAGCGGGAAGGCAUAAAGGGUAGCUUUAAAAAGAGGCAAACAAACCAAACACGCAAAGCAAGGAAAAGCAGAAAAGCCGUGAAACGACGACUGCGACGACACUCACAUACUCACAUACACACUUGGACACACGCACGCUCACGCACUGGACUGUAUAUGCACUACACGCGCACGCACGCGGCUACUGCGCCUCCGUGAUUUCUCCACUCUCGCCUACGUAUAGUAGCAGUAGAUAGUUCUUAUUUUUAUAGAGGUUUUACCGUGCUACCGUAAGUCUUAGAGGCCUGCGUAUAAUAGAAUUUUUGUAGACGAGUUUUUCAUAGGAGGUACUAGGAUACGAUAAUGAAAUAAAGAAAAAACAGAACAAAAUAAAUAAAUAAAUAAAUAAAUAUAUAUGAAAAAAAGGAUAAACAAAUGGAACGAAUAGGAGCAGGGGGGGACGUGUAUAUGCGAGUGCCGAUAUCGCUCUCACGCAAGUCACACGUAUACACUCAAUCACACAUACACACACACACACACACACACACGAAGCGAGCAGACACCGAGAAUAUAAUGAAUAAAUAUGAAUAAAAAAAAAACACUUUUGUAAUAGCAGCCGCAAUUAUAUUAAGAAUAA